AUGCCUCUCAUUGCCUGUUUCCACGGCGGCGGAUCCAACGGCGAGAUCUACCGCCAACAAUGUGCCCAACUCGAGCGGCUUCUCGAGCCCGAAUUCCGCCUUGUAUUUUUCGACGCCCCCUUUGAGCGCUCUCCGGGUCCCGGCGUCCUCCCCGCUUUCCGCGACUAUGGCCCCUUCCGAUCAUGGUUUACGCAGGACGAUACGGGAACCGAAGUAUCCGACGGCAGCGGCUAUGACCGAAUCGGGCGGGAUGGGGUCGAACGGGUGCUGGAUCUGAUGGAGCGACAGGGAGGCGCAGAGGACUGGGUCGGAGCAAUGGGGUUCAGUCAGGGAACGCGAGUUGUCGGCGGAUUGCUCCGCGACCAACAGCGGCGAGAAAUUCUGGGCGAAACAGGCAGGAUCCGAUUAGCAUUUGGAGUGUUUUGCAUGGGAGGGGGUGCACCGAUGGAGGCAGAGAGUGGUCAUCGCACCAACGCGUCGGAUCCGUUCGAUUCCAUUACCCUGCCCACGCUACAUGUUCAUGGGCUGCGCGAUCCGUUUUUGCACCUGGGUGUUCAGCAGACCGAAACAUAUUUCAACCCGCAGAGCCGGACGGUGCUCGAGGUGGACUAUCACCAUGCCAUGCCGUGGGUUCGGAGCGAAGUGCAGCAGUUGGCGAGCAUGAUUCGGUCGUUGUACUGCCCAUAA